GACACAUAUUUGCCAUUUACCCCGUGCCCAGACAUUUCUGCAGGCGUGAUAAAGUUCUAGCGUUCCUUUCUUUAAUUUCUUAUCGAAAAGCAUAGCAGCGCAGCUUUUGUUCUUUGCAUGUUCAUUAUUAUCAUACACAUCAUUCAUCAACAAGCGUUUGUGGCAUUGCAGCAACGCCUGGACAGUCGAAUUAACAAUAAUUUUUGUGGCCAUCUUUACUUGGAUCACUCCGGCACGGUUUCGUUGCGACAACAAGUUCUGACGACACACCACACCCUGCAAGCUUACUGAACAUCGAUGACCGGUUCCCUUGGAUACGGAGGGAGUCCAUUCUUUCGAAGCUUGAAUCAUCCUUCAGUGUGAAAUGUCAUCAAAUUUAAAUGUACCCCGCGAGGACUUCUUCAACGAUCCUUCACAACAAACACCCAAUUUAAGACGAGACAGCAGUCUGAGAGAUACGGGCAAUAUGGCAGGUGGAAUCGAUAGAAAUGGAGACUCGACAUUUCCAAAACCGAAGAGAAUUGCAUGUAUUAUAUGUCGAAAAAGAAAACUUAAAUGCGAUGGUUCAAAACCAAGUUGUUCAACGUGUGCGCGAUUGGGACAUGAUUGUGCUUAUGAUCCUGUGCGAAGAAAGUCUGGCCCGAAACGUGGCUAUGUGAAAGCAUUGGAAGAAAGAUUGAAACAAGUUGAGAACAUGCUCAAAUCACAAGAACCUACAACUACAACUACAAGUCCGAGUACAAGCAAUGCUAGCGGGGCUGGGUUACAGACCGCCCCUACCCCAGAUAUUAACGUCUCUAGUCCGAACAUUGGAGUAGACGGCGAGCGAUGGCGCUACAACAAUGAUGCUCAACCGACGUUGAAUGGCAUGGGAUUCUCGGCCAAUAUUGGUAUGGGAAUGGGGCUGGAUGACUUCCCCUCUACGUGGGAGAUGAUUGGUCUUGGGAUUGAGGAACCGCUACCCCUUCAAGAGGUAGUUGACGAGUUGCAUGAAAUUUACUUCGAUAAUAUUCACCCUUCCCUCCCAAUGAUUCACAAAUACCGGUACCUUGCUGCAAUGAAUCUUGCGCCAAAUCAACGACCCCCAGUUUCAUUACGAUAUGCAAUGUGGACGCUAGCAGCUUCCAGUUCAGAGAAAUACAUGGAUCUUAAAGACCACUUCUAUCACCGAGCCCGAAAAUAUAUGGAAAUGGAUACGUUGAAAGGAUUUGGAGAAAGCAUAAUUUCUGUCUCGCAUGCACAAGUUCAUAUUCUUUUAGCUUCCUACGAAUUCAAAAUGAUGCACUUCCCUCGAGCUUGGAUGAGCACUGGGGCUGCGAUUAGAUUAUGUCAAAUGAUGGGUCUACACAGACUUGAUAAGCCUGGUUUAGAAGUCAAGCAGUGUCUCCCACCACCGCGAGAUUGGACAGAAAGAGAAGAGAGGCGUAGAACCUUUUGGAUGGCUUUUUGCGAAGAUCGAUAUGCUAGUAUCGGUACUGGCUGGCCUAUGACUAUCGAUGAAAAGGACAUCACAUCGGACUUACCAUCUUCAGAAGAAGCUUUUAAUAUGAGCAGGCCGGAAAGAGCGCAAACUUUAGCCGAUUCAAUGAGUCCCCAGGGCGCCUCUAGGUUGUCACCAUUCGCUGGUGUUGUUUUGAUGGCUUCACUCUUUGGAAGAAAUCUCCUACAUCUCCAUCGCUCUGAUCCCGAUUAUCGUGACAAUGACUUGAAUGGGGAAUUUUGGAAGCGACACCGGCACAUGGACAAUAUUCUCCUAAAUACAUGCCUCUCUUUACCUUUCCAUCUUCGAUUGCCUCACGGAAUGGCUAAUCCUAAUACCGUAUUUUUAAACAUGAACAUUCAUGCUUCUACUAUCUGCCUACAUCAGGCAGCAAUAUUCAAAGCUCAAAAAAAUCGUUUACCUGAUACUGUCACCGCUGAAAGUAAAAUCAGAGCCAUUAGUGCUGCCAAUGAGAUCACAAGCAUGAUGCAGAUGAUCUCGCAUAUGGAUUUAUCAACUAUGAAUCCAUUCAUAUCUUUCUGUCUCUACGUAGCCGCACGCGUCUUUGUUAAACACCUCAACGAUACACCGAAGGAUUCCCCAGUUUCGGAUUCCCUAAGAUUUCUCUUGAAAGCCAUGAAUGCUUUAAAGAAGAAAAACCCUUUGACAGAGUCCUUUCUUGUACAAUUAGACGUUGAUUUAGAGGCCAUGGGAAUGCGCAAUAAUAAUAAAUCCAAGGAUGGAACCUGGGAUGAGAGUUUGAUGACUACUAAAGUAAAUACUCAACCUGGGUGUAACAUUACACAAUUCUUAGAGGGUAUAGGUCCGGAUGACUUCCAAGUGAUAGGUGACGGUCCUACUAAUCCUCAAGGGACACCACGCAGUAUUUCCACCGAUGCUGAACAAGGGGUUAGGGGAACAUCAACAAGCCCUGGAGUUGAUCCAUUUCCUCAAAGCUUCGACAUCGAACAGAGAGGCUGGCCUAGGAUGAACGAACACCUACCAACUCGAGAUUUGAGGCAAAGCGUACCUGUUAGUCAAGGCAGAGAACCGAACGGCAAUGUAUACGGCCACGAGGGUACAAGUGCUGGCACGAUAACGGGUCUAUCUUCCAAUACCGGCAAUAUCUCCAACCACCCAACACUCAAAUCUACUUCUGAAAGUCGACCUUCUAAUCUACAACAUGGACAGACCAAUAAGAAUACUGGAUCCUACGAAACUCGUCCAGCACCAGAUACGAAUCGCGAAGUUCGUGCCAUGGAUUCCUUUUUCUCGACACCCCCGGGCUAUAAUAACAUUACAGCUGGGUCGAAUAUAACACCAUCCGCAUAUAGUAUGCCAGAAACGCCUGGGAGGGCAUAUACAAAUACAGGUCCUUGGCCGCAGCAGACGACUACGGGGCUGACGCCGGUGGGCGAGGGGGUAUUUAGACAUCUGAUGGGGUUGGGACCCAUGGAUGCGAUGGAUAUUUGGGAGGGAGGUAAUUGAGUUACUGACUGUGAUAUUGAUAAAGUGAUGGGGUUUGGGUUUGGGUUUAAGUUGCUCGGAAAUAAUGCGAUAUGACAUGAUGUAUUUUGAAUUGGCUAUGGAUACAAAUAUGGCUCAGGGGAAAUAUCGAGGAAAGCAAUAUUAGCUUGCAUUGUCAUUGGCGUUGGAAUAUCAUAUUGGCUUCCUUAUUAGGACCUCUCUUUGGAUCAAGGGCGUAAUCGGGCUGCAGGUGAUAUCAUAGAGUAUACUGGAGGGGGGCGUAUGAUAUAUGAUGUAACAGUUUGGUUUUAACACUAUAAUUUAGAUAUCUAAGAUUCACCCA